AUGGAAUCGCUCAUCGAAUACUUGCAGUUUUUCGAGCGUAAGAUCGGCAAUGUGAAUGGAUUUGGGAACACUGAACGUAACUUUCAGACAACUACUUCCCAUGCAAGCUCUGUAAGGACGUGCUCUACACUGCUAAAGAUUUUUUGGAUCAUUUGGAUGAAUGCGAAUGCAUUCAGGACGAACCGAAAUCGCUGGUAUUCUAGACCUUUUCCAUUCCACAAAUGCUUUUUGGUUUCAGUACUUUGCAUUCUUCCACAAUGCUAAAUGGAAGUUCCACUACAACGAAUGGAGACGGCUCAACCGGCUCAUCGCAUUGGGAGGACGACCUUUCCAGAAGGAUGAGUGUGUCGGAUGUGCCACGACGGAUAUUCAUUUGGCCGAUGGAUGUCGGAAGGUUGAUCGAUCUGUGGCUUAUAACGUGAGUGCUCGCAAAGGACAUUGAAAUAGGAUCAUGUUGUUGUGUAAAAGUUUUGAUGGAAUCCAUUCCAUCUUCAUCAUCAUUUCCCAUUACGAUGUACAAACGUCUUAACAAUCCAAUUUAUCAAUCAUUUAGAACCCUCUUGCCAUGUCAUUCACCUACUGAUAAAAUUCCUCUUUCCGCUUGCAGAAAUCGACGACCGUCGUCCUCCGAUUGAUAUCAUCUCACUUCGAGAACUAUCUCGUCGAAAGGUCCAACUUCGCUGUCGACUACGUGAAUAGAGAAUUCGAUUGCGAGAGAAACAACUUGCAGUACCGGUUGUCCGUGAAUACGGCGGAGUGCGAGUGGGCCGUGAACCAUUUGAAAGCGAUCGGACAGAAUCCGCACUUCACCGAACAAUAUGCUCUGCGUGAAAUCGAAGACAUUAAGAGUAAACUGGAUUCACUUCCGCAACGAAGAGAGAUCGCUUUGGAGAAGAUCAUCGAAGAGCACACGGCGCGGCGAGAUGAAGAUUGGCAUCAUUUCCAGAAUACGAUGAACAAAAUAGUGGAGACAGACCUCGCCGCUCAUCAAUCAUUCGAUAUCAAGUUCAGAAUAUCGUUCGCAGCUGCCAAAUCCAGGAAUCCUGGCAUUACAAUUCGGAACUUUGGCCCGAAUUUUGAUGAUCAAAUUGAACGGGAGAUCAUACUCAUCCGACAGGACGUUUUGCGCAAACAGAAGACGAAAAUGAGUGAGCCUCACGUGCGUUGAAUUCAAAACAAUACCUAUUUUCAGGACUUGAACACAUUCGCAUCUCACUUGAGGACCGUCUGGAGUACGUCAUCAACUUCGACACUCGUCGCGAUCGUGUGAAUUUCGAAGACGAUCAUCGGCGCAUGCGACUUUACAACCAAGCCGCGGAUUGGUACCAUGAGCUGAUUGAGGACCGUCAGUCGGAUCACAUGAGAGGCGUGGCAAUGGCCAUUAAUGCAAUCAAGGAGCGUAAUCUUGAAACGCUCCGAGUAGCCCGGCAAGAUUACGAAACUACGAGACCGUAUGCCAAGAAGCUUGCCGCGUGGGCAAUGACUGCGACAUGGGCGUUGGGCAAUCUCCAGCAAGGCUACGGAAGAGUCACCUCACCCACGGCUCGCUAUGAGAGUGUCUUCGUGCAGGAUGCGGACGAGCUCAUUUUUGCGUUCGAUGAAUUCGUUACGAGCAACUUGUUGAAGCAGAUUGAGGCCGUCAAGACGUUCUAUCGCAAAUUGAGGGACUCGUGGAUCGAAACCAAAGUGGAGAUUAGAGAGGAAGGCGGUGACAGCGAAGGGAAGUACAAGGAGCUUCACGCCACGUGUCGAGAGUUUCUCGAAACGCUGAAAACCUACGAGAAAGAGGACGCGGAGCGAUAUGCCACUGCGGAAGCGGCAUGUGUUCGUGAGAUGAAGUACGUCAACGUGGAAGCCGUCUUCAGCACCGUCAGCACGUUCCGAGAUCGGCCAGCUGAAGAGCAGGAACCAAUGGGCGAUGGUCCCAUUAACUAA